AUGAUGUCCACUCAGGCUCCAGCAGAAAACAGGUCGAUGUUUUCCAUCGAGAGGAUUCUGGGUUUGGAACUGCAGAGACCUGAAAACUGCCUGAAACUCCACCGACCCUGGACAGGUGAGGAACAGAAACUUUAGAUAUCUCCUCAUGUGUAUGUAAUAAUGUGUUUUUGUGAAGUAUCAGCUCUUCUUUCACCAACUCUGUGUAGACUUUAGUGGACCCAGCAGACCAGGUUCAGGAGUCUGAAAAUCACAUGUGGUCCUGAUAAAGGAUUUCAGCUGCUCAACAUAUCAGGGUCUCCUUGGUCCUGUUUUUGGGGGUCAUGAUGCUACAAAUGUUUUCAAUGGGGGACAAGUCAGGACUGCGUAGAUCCAUCAGCCGUUAGGACUUUCUUUCACUCCUCCUCGGUCUACUUUUCUAUAAACAGGCUCAGUCAUGGUGGAGAAGUUGGACUCUUCCAUGACGCCCAAAAGGAAUGUAAAAUUUUGAUUUAGUCACCUCUCAGCCCACCUUAAAUGGGCUCAGGUCUAGAGAAGUCUCUUUUUACCUGUUCUUAAAUCUUUAGAAACAUGUUUGUCCCACAGUGAUCAUAAAUAUAUUUUUAUUUUCUGGUGAGUUUAGAGGCCGGAGCAGAGAAAGAGAACAGAGGGAACAGCUUGUCUCCAAAACAACAACACUAUCAUCACCAUGACCUUCAUCAACAUGAAGAGCUGAACUCUGUCAGACCCUCAUCGAGCUGGUACAUCGGACGCAGACCUCGAACAGCCUUCACCAGCAGUCAGGUAGCCAAUCAGUCAGUCAGGUGAUCAUUCAGACAGAGGGAUCCAGAGAAAUUUUUUUAAUAUUGACAGAGAUUUGAUCUUAAUCUAAGACAUAAAGCUUUGUCUUCAGACUGUCAAUCUGUGUGUUUGGUGCAGGUGGAAGUCCUGGAGUCCGUGUUUCAGAUGAACUGUUAUCCAGGGAUCCAGCUGAGGGAGCAGGUAGCAAAGAGGCUGGACCUGGACGAGGACCGGAUACAGGUUCAGUGAGCACUUUAUCUAAAACAGAAAUAACUCUUACACUUGUAUUGAAAACAGAAAAACACCCCACCAUGCUUCCUCGGCCUGGUGUCCUGAAUCCUCCAUCUUUUGCUUAGAUCUGGUUUCAAAACCGGCGUGCCAAACUGAGACGUUCACUCAGAGAGUCUCGUCUGCAGCUGGUUCAGACGGCUGUGGCUGACCUCAGGGUUGGUCGUGAGGUUGGAGGUCAGCUGAAGGUGCAGAGGGAACCGAACCAAGCCUCUUAUCUACAGCUGGAGGUGGAGGAAGAGGAGGAGAGAUGCUGA